CAGUCGAGUCGAUAGAACAAAAGAAGAAAGUCUGUAGCGAUGCGAUUAUAACUUUUCAACAAGUUGUUGAAGAGCUGGAACGAAAUGUUACCGCUGCUAAACGAGAGGUUUCCCAAACAGCCAAACGAAUGAUUGAGAAGAUUCGAGAACAAGAGCGGGAAGCUACAAAAAUUAUUGAAAAUGCACGCGUGUCUAGAAUAGAGAAAAUAAACUCUCUUAACGAGCAAGUAAAGUCAUUGAUGAAACAACUUGAUCAAGCUGUUCAGUUUGCAAAAAACCUGGUUGAGAGGAGCUCCAGUUCAGAUGUUAUGAAAAGUAAGAAGACCUUAGAGCAGCGAUUUGGAGAUCUCGACAAGGCCACAGUCCCUUCGCUUCCGGUAAGCUCAUUCGUGAAGUUUUUCUCGGCUAAUGCUCUUGACAACUUAAACCUGGGGCCAGUGAUAACCAAUGAAGCAGAUGUACGGUUGUCAUCAGUGAAGGCUCUUACUGAAAACCUCCAAGCUGGUCUGGAAGCAGAGCUUGUGAUUUGCCGUCCAAAGCGAAAGAGUGAAGAAGAGCUUACAAGGAAAUGCCAGCGUGAAUUUGACGUUAGAGUGCUCAUAGAACCCGCUGAAGAUGUAGCAAGUUUAAAAGUUGUUGAGAACGAAAAUGAUGAUUUCCACGUGAAGUUUGUUCCUAAAAUACCUAGCACCUACAACAUGACCGUCAUCAUAAAUGGCUUCAAACUUGUUAGCAGUCCUUUCAGGAUCCAAGUUAAGGAACGACGAAUUCAUGAACGACAAAUUGAUGUUGUGGGCGAGUUAGUUCUUAAAGGAGAAAUUCUUGACAGGCCAAAUUGGAUUGCUGUCAACAGCAAAGGAACUAUCGCUGUUAGUGACGAUGAGAAGGACUCCAUCCUAAUAUUUGAUAAGGAUGGAAAUUUUGUGCAAGAAUUAGGCUCCUAUGGAGAAGGGCCUGGGCAGCUUGCUGAUCCAGCUGGAGUGACAUUCCUGAAUAAUAACGAGCUUCUGGUGGUUGAUGAACUAAAUGGCCGAGUUGAAGAAUUCAAUGUACAUACAGGGAACUUUUUGAAGAGCUUUGGAAAGGAAGGGAAUGAUGACGGCGAAUUUAACAGACCCGAAGGAAUUUUCAUUAAUGAUGAAGGACAUGUCAUUGUAGCGGAUUGCCUUAACAACAGAAUCCAGGUCUUGGACAAAGAUGGUAAAUUCAUGUUCAAAUUUGGAGACAACGGCCCAGGUGAGCUAGAAGAACCUAGUGGAUGCAUUUAUCACAAAAACAAGUUCAUUGUAUCUGACAGUGGAAACCAUUGUUUGAAAGUGUUUAACAAAUCAGGAAAGUUCUUGUACAAGAUUGGAGAGGAAGGCGAAGCUGAUGGACAAUUUUCAAAUCCAUGUGGUUUGUGUGUUGAGAAAUAUGGCGAUCAUCAGAAUCUUUUGGUGUGUGACAGUGGUAAUGGACGCAUUCAACGGUUUACAAUGGAAGGUCGUUUUAUUGGCAAAACUAAGAUUUAUCUAGAAGGUCCGAACGCAAUAGCUAUAACACCAGAUGGUCGUAUUUUGGUUUGUGACUAUCAAGACAAAAAAAUUUAUAUCUUGAAAUAG